GGACCACUGACCUCUAUAUUUACAUGGUGCAUGCUCGUGAUAAAUUAUUAUAUUCUAUAAAAUUAAUAUAUUCAUUUACCCGUCAGAUAAUAAAAAAUAAGCCAAUUAGAAAUAUAAAAGCAAGUAAAGGUCACUAGAUGAAAGAAACCAGCGGUCACGAUCUUGUUGAGAAUACGCAUAGAUAUACAGUAAUUUAGAAAGUUUGAAAAUGAAAGAAAAUAAUAGUAAGGAAGCGGUUUCUACUGCCUCUCCUGAUCAGAAUAAUCCGUUACAAAAUAAUCUAUUCUCGAUACUCCUAGUAACGAUCGCCGUGCCGAUUUUAUCAAUGUCUUUUUGGACUAUGAACUUGAUAUCUUCUAAAAUAAUUAACAGUGGACAAGGAUUUGAUGAACCAGUAGUUAUAUCCCCACUGCGAUGGUUGUUGUCAUGUUUGGUACCAAUACCAUUUGCAGUUUAUGGAUACAAAAGGAAGAGCCUCGACUUCUAUGGUGCCCUAGUUGGGCUCGUAGUUGGGUUUGUAAUGACUCUAUCAAAUUACUGCUUUCUAACAAACCUGAUUGUUUUCUUCCUAAGCUCAUCCAAAGCAACUAAAUACGGCUCACACUUAAAAAGAAAAUUUGAGGAAGAUUUUAAAGAAGGUGGACAAAGAACUUGGGUUCAAGUACUCUGCAAUGGCGGCAUGGCUACUCAACUAGGCAUUCUGUACUUAUUAGAUAUAGGAGCUUGUGAAAUACCGAUUAAUUUUCUUAUGGAUUAUAGAGCUUCUUGGCUAAGCAUUGGUGUCUUAGGAACCUUUGCUUGCUGUAAUGGGGACACAUGGGCUUCAGAAUUAGGAACAGUACUUAGCAAUGGGGAUCCCAUCUUGAUCACAACCUGGAAAAGGGUUCCAAAAGGGACUAAUGGAGGGAUAAGUCUCAUAGGAACCAUAGUCAGCACUCUUGGAGGACUUGUUAUUGGAAUCUCACAUUAUUUAACCCUUGUCUACUUCUCAGACAGAUCUAUGUAUAUGUACGCACCACCACAGUGGCCUAUCAUACUUUUUGGUGCCCUGGGUGGAUUUUUAGGAAGUCUGAUAGAUUCUAUACUGGGUGCAACAUUACAAUAUUCAGGCAUAGAUAAGGAUGGAAAAAUUGUGUCUCAUUCAAGUUUAGCCGUGAAGCACAUAUCUGGAAGGAAUAUUUUGGAUAAUCACAGUGUCAACAUGUUAUCAACUGUAAUAAUGGGGUUGCUCCUUCCAACUAUAAGUAAAACAUUGUGGCCGAUAAAGUGAAUAAAUUAAAAUAUUAUCUCUUUUAUAUUUGCAA